AGUGUUAUGAUGCAGUUCCACAACACACAGCCACAUUCACCCACAGACCGAGGUACAGAACGAGAGACAACCUCUGGCCCCCCAGCAGCUGUCCAGCUUUGCAGCCCCAGUCUUGAGCCCCUCAACUACCUUCCCCCACCCCCAUCCCUUCCCAAUUGAAGGAGCCGAAAGAGAAGAGAGAAGAGUGAGCAGAAAGAUUGAGAGAUUGAGAGAGAGAGAGAGAGAGAGAGAUAGACGGAGAUCUCUGGAGCAGACCUCAAGGUGACUUCUAUUUCUAUCUGGUUCUCGUCUGGGGGGGCCCUGGCCGGGCAGCCCCCCACAUUUCUCCUGCCCUGAAACACGGCUCUAGCCAACCUGCUCCGCUGCUUCACCUGCGACCGUCUCUGUGGGGGCUGCACAGCGCCAGCCCCUCCAGCCCGCCAGGGCAUCGUCCUCCAGCCUGUCAUGCCCAGCUGUGACCCUGGUCCGGCCCCUGCCUGCCUUCCCACCAAGACGUUCCGCAGCUACCUGCCCCGCUGCCACCGCACUUACAGCUGUGUCCACUGUCGUGCACACCUGGCCAAACAUGAUGAGCUUAUUUCCAAGUCCUUCCAGGGGAGCCAUGGCCGAGCCUACCUGUUUAACUCCGUGGUCAACGUGGGUUGUGGGCCAGCAGAACAGCGCCUCCUGCUCACAGGGCUUCACUCGGUAGCAGAUAUUUUCUGUGAAAGUUGCAAGACCACACUGGGCUGGAAAUAUGAACAAGCUUUUGAGACCAGCCAGAAGUACAAGGAAGGGAAGUACAUCAUUGAAAUGUCACACAUGGUGAAGGACAAUGGCUGGGACUGAGGGGGCUCAGGCAGGCUAUGCCCUUCCUCCGCAUGYCCCACCCUCUUCACACCUGUCCCCUGGCCCUACCAAGCUGUCCAUACCAGCAUGAGCACUGCCCCACCCCUGGGGGAAGCCCGGCUCCAACCAACGCCUUCCUUGCCUCCACCACAUCACUACCAGGUCCCCUUUGGAACAGGGGCCUGGGGUACCCCAGGGGUGUUCAAGGCUCAGGAGUGGGCAGCAGUUAGGGAAAUACAGAAUUGGGAAAAAAGGGGUGGUUGUGGGCCCUUUUAUUCCCAAGUUCCUGGAAAUUGAGGUGAUGGCAGGGUGUGGACUCAGGCAGAGGAUCAUGGGAGGAAUCAGGAUUUUGACCUCCCUUUUUUUGAGUGGAGAAAAGGAUAAACCUUGGGUUGUGGGGCUAAGAGGUCCUAGGUCACAGAAUAUCAAAGAAACAGUUUAGGUUGGAAUGAAAUUUUGGCAUCAUACACCAGGAGACUAGAGUCUCUGAGGGCAAAUAGCUUCCCACUCCCGUUUGCAGAGAACAGAACUCAGGGCAGGGGAUGGGGAUAGGGAUGGGAGGAAACACCCAAGUCCCAGGCCCUGGGAAAUAAAGUCACAGGGGGUUUCCAUCUCACUCCACUUGUUAGUUUACCUUGGCACUAAAGAGGCACUUUUGAGUAUCUAAUAUUUGCCAUAGGGCGGGGUGGGGAAAGCUGCCCCUGGAACAGCCCCCACCCUCAGCUGGCCAUUUCCAGAGCAAGCAGUCUUUAUGGGUAUUCUUCAAGGCCCAACCACUGCUCCCUGGGACCCAGUCCCCUGGAGGGGAGGUGGAUCAUCAGCACCACAGGACCAGUCUUCCCUGUGGUUGCCACCAGCGAAAGAAACUUUUGUAUGAUAUAUAAAGUGUUUGGGUCUAUUUUUAAUAAAAAGGGGAAAAGCAACU